CUUUUGCUGACAGCAUAUUUUAAAGAAGGGCGUCCUGUUAAGCGCCAAAGUAACUUACCCGCUGUCGUUGUCUUCUGCCGAACCACACUGAGCCCAGCGAGACACAGGCCAUGUCGGUAGAGGUGCGGAUCAAAUACUUGGAUGGAUUGACGGGCAAAGGAGACCGCGUGAUUAAGGGAACUUUUCGCGAAAAGAAACUUGUGACCAAAGCAGCCAAUGGAAGAGAUAGCGUGUACUUCGGACAAACACUGCUAUGGCCUGUCAGUCGCCCGCUGGAUGACAAAGAUUCACUCAUCUUGGCUGCAUACCACCACCGGAAAGGAAAGCCUGACAGCCUCCUCGGAACGGUGACUGUAAACCUGUAUUCGCUUACCAGGGAAACACAUCUUUCCUUGAGAGAAAAUUUGGUCGAUGGUUCCAGGCGGGCAACAAGCAUGAUAUUAUCAUUCGAGUUGGCCUACCAGUCACCAGAUAGCCGAAUAGGUGGAUUGGAUCAACAAGGACUCAUCUUUCCCACAACGCCGAUGGAUUAUGGGCUCGAGGAGAUGAGCAUCGAUCGAGGGAGUUUAUCUCAGCUGGAAGCUGGGUAA